AUGGCAAACUCCUCUGAGUGGCUAGAGGACAGCAACACUUCAUAUGUUGGUGAUUUCGAACCAUGUGCCACAGUGAGGAGCCCAAGCACUCGUGUAGCUCUGUAUGCAUUCAUAAUUGUUGGAAUCUUCUGCACAGUGGUUGGCAACUUACUUGUGGUACUGGCCAUUGCUUAUUUCAAACAGCUACAAUCUCACACCAACUCUUUUGUCAUGUCGCUAGCGGUGGCCGACUUUCUGGUGGGCUUGGUGGUCAUGCCAUACAGCAUGGUGAGGACUGUUGAGGGCUGCUGGCACUUUGGUGCCACCUUCUGUCAACUGCACUCCAGCCUGGAUGUGAUGCUGUGCACAGCAUCCAUCUUCCACCUGAGCUGCAUCGCUUUUGAUCGAUACUAUGCCGUCUGCAACCCACUGGUGUACUCCUUCAAAAUGUCCCGUAGCCGUGUGGCUUUGCUAAUUGUAGUUUGCUGGGCCGUUCCCUUGCUCAUCUCCUUUGGGCCCAUCCUUCUUGGACUGCACAAGCUUGGAGUGGACGUAUCCUUGCCUGAGAAUGUGUGCGUCUUUCUAGUGAAUCGUGUCUAUGCUGUCAUAGCUUCACUGGUGGCUUUUUACCUGCCCAUGGUCUCAAUGCUAGUUGCCUACUGGAAGAUCUACAAAGCAGCCAAGCGUCAGGCCAUGCAGAUCAGCGCCAUGGAGGCUCAAAUGGCAGCUGGAGUGGGGAAGGACUCCAGCAAGAAGCAGAAGCACCGCAACUCCAUGAGGAGGGAGAGGAAGGCAGCCCAAACCCUGGGGAUAAUCAUGGGUGUCUUCCUCCUCUUCUGGUUGCCGUUCUUCACUGUGAACAUAGUGGACCCAUUCAUUGAGUACACUACUACAGGUGUAAUAUGGGAUGUGUUCCUCUGGCUGGGAUAUGUGAACUCUUCCUUGAACCCUUUCCUCUACGGUUUCUUUAACAGGUCGUUCCGCAGGGCUUUCCUAAUGAUCUUGGGCUGCAGGAUAUGUCUGCCUGGCUCAGCCCCAGGCAUGGACCUCUCUCACUCUAGGAAGGAUGCCAAUGAGCGCACAGAGAACCAAUAG